AUGUCUUUCGUUAAUUUCGCUCUGGUGCUGUUUUCUGCUAGUACAGCGUUUGCGGCUAAUCUACCAGCUUAUUCCAGUUUCUACUCAAAUUCUUCGACUCAAUACCCAGCCACCACAAUAGCACCAUCCGGAGCACCAUGUUGCCUCAUCGUACCCCAAACCGUCGGACUAAAUUUCUGGUGGAACCAGUCUCUCACCAUCACCUACGCUACGGUCCUUACCCAGUACCUUCAGUAUAACAACACUGUAAUACUCAACACGACGACAAUAUACAAUGCCUCUGCGACUCAAGGACUCGUAGUUCCGACGGACAUCAUCCCCGGAUACCUCCUCUAUUCUGAAACCUUCUUCGAUAUAGGGACCACUAUAGAUCUCACCACCACAACUCUAACGUACCCAACGCCAUAUGUCGCCAUCAACUCUGCAUUUUACGUCACGGGGACUUACAGCAUGUCUGCUGGAGAACAGAUGUGCCAGCAAGACCUACAGAACUUCAAUCCCGUAAGCAACAUCAUCCAAUUGACGGCCGAAUACGACUUUGUUCCAGCGACCUCGACGUUUUGGUCUGCAGGAACUUAUGUGAAUGCGCCGACGCAGCUGAAAGACACAAUCCUAGCGAUCCCCAGUGUCACGGAGAGCUUCCCCAUGAUAGCGUCAUGCUCUCUUGUGAGCGGAUCAGGACAGCCUUCAGUGCAUUUGCCUGUCAGUGCGCUAACAACGCAUGGCUCAACCACAAUCACAGUUGGAGGCUUUUUCUCUGGUUCCGUAGGCUCAUCAGCAGCAGAAGUCACUCCACCUCCGGUUUCGUCAUCUCAGUAUACUCCUCCCCCUUCUUCGGCGGGAAAUGGCCAACCUCCUGCGUCCGAGAACCAGCCGAGUUCUGCUCCUGCUGCUCCUCCAGCUUCUUCAUCGGUAAUCGGUGCCCCGGUGCCUCCUUCAUCAGCAAAUGGUGCAUCGCCGAUCUCUUCCGUAGCAAACAACCCACCUCCAACUUCUCAAAAUCAGCCCUCCUCUCAUGCAAGCAUCCAAACACCCCCACCAGUCGUCGUUAUACCUCCGGCGGGCGUAUCCUCCAUCCAAAUUGGCUCGACCGUCAUCCCAGUAUCCUUCGCCUCAGCCUCAGGAGGCGGCAUUGUGCUUCCAGGAGGUGCUACUUUAUCGCCCGGUAUCGUAACUACGAUCAACGGUGUUGGCAUCUCUCUCGCACCCUCCGAAACAGCUGUCGUAGUUGGCGGCUCGACAAUCAUCCUCCCGGUUUCCGCUGCAGCAUCUUUCCCAUCUGUUUUCGCUAUCCAGGUAGGCUCUUCAGUGAUUACGGCUGCAUUUGCCUCUGCAAGUGGAGGGGGCGUUGUACUUCCAGGAGGUGCUACUCUAUCGCCCGGUGCCGUAACCACAAUCAACGGCGUUGGCGUCUCUCUCGCACCCUCCGAAACAGCUGUCGUAGUUGGCGGCUCGACCGUUGUCCUCCCAGUUCCCGCUACACCAUCUUUCCCAUCUAUUUUCACUAUCCAGGUGGGCUCCUCAGCCAUCACGGCGGCGUUCGCCUCUGCGAGCGGAGGCGGCAUUAUUCUUCCUGGGGGGGCGACGCUUCUCCCUGGCACUACGACUGUGGUGAACGGAGAGACGAUCGCGCUUGUGCCAUCCGGAACAGCUUUGGUGGUCGAUGGCACCGAGACGAUCAAACCUGUUCCAUUCACGCCAGCUCCAGCUCCGGCUCCAACGACGCUCCUUGUGGGAUCGUCAGCUCUUCCAAUCACUUAUGCCACUGCCACGGGAGGAGGCGUGAUUUUGCCUAACGGAGGGACGCUGUUACCGGGUUCGACGACGGUGUAUAAUGGUGUUACGAUAUCGUUGACUCCAUCCGAGACUGCAAUUGUGGUGGCCGGCUCGACGGUUCCUUUGACGCCACCGUCAGUGGCUACUUCGAGUGGAGUUGGUGGAUACAUCCUCAGUGGUCUAGGUGGAGCAGGCGGAAUUAGCACUGCGAGUGGUAGUGGUACUCAGACGGCUGGGUAUACUGGGCCCCUUGCUACGGGUGCUGCGGGACGGAUAAGAUCACUAGGGCCACUCAACGUUUUCCUAAUAGCAGCGGUGAUAGGUGCAAUAUGGAUAUAG